GGUCAAGGAUAAAACGUUAAAGAAUGAAAGACGGGAAAUCCUUCAACAUACAAGCUCCUAAAUUGAGCCUAAGCUGGUGUGUCCCUCAAGGUGAUUCAGCCCGGAGACUUUCCGGAGACUUUGCCCAAGGAGAAGUGAUGUCUCCUGGUGUGUAUAAAACGGCUACGAUUGUCCAGAGGUAUCACCCAAGAACCUCAAGGCCCUUUUUAGCCGUGUCAAUCGACGUAUGCACUUUGUUCAGUGACAAGUAGAGAAUUAUAGAUCUGCCGUCAUACAUCCGACUUGCUUCUCAUCCAACACCUAUCAUGGCAACCAUUCAACAAAAAGAGUUGCAGAAACUCUAUAGCAGCGCCACAGGCGGCUUCGACGACGAAGAACUAGAGCGAGCCGUCGCAGAUUCCGAACGGAUUAUGAGAGGUCCCGCGGGACUAUUGCUUGCGCAGGCAGGGCUUGACGAGUCCACCGCUCAGCCGUUCGCACUGUUGGACAACGCCUGCGGAACAGGUCCCAUCGUGGCACACCUACAAGAUCAUAUCGACAAAAAGCUUCUAUCGGAGAGCAAGAUAGUAUGUGCGGAUUUCAACGCGAACCUCGUAGACACGUUGAAGAGGCGAGCAUUUAAAUACGACUGGGUUAACGUUGAAACGGCUGUUGGCGAUGCUCAGCACUCGGAUUUUCCAGCACAGUCUUUCUCACACGUAACCAUCAACUUUGCGAUGCACAUCAUCCCCAAGCCAGAGGCCGUGCUGCAAGACACGAUGAGACUGCUCAAGCCCGGUGGCGUCUUUGCCUUUAGCGUCUGGCAUAAGGACACGAAAGGCUGGACGACCGAUAUGAGAUCAUGCUUCGAGGCGCUGCCUUUCGAUGCGCCGAUGCCCGACCCGCUUCCCAUGGCCGUCCACGGGAAGCUCCAGUGGACGGAUCCGAAGGGCGUUGAGGAAGAGCUGAAGGCCCACGGGUUCGAAAAUAUCCAAGUUAAGACGGUGCCUCACGUAGUUCACGUCAACGGCGCGGAAGAUUAUCUUAGGAGCUAUACAAUGAUGAAGGAUUGGAUGAUCAAAGCGUACUGGAGCGAGGACAGCAAGAAGAAGGCGCAAGGUAUGCUAGACGAGCAUAUCGUAAAGCAUCUGCAGGAGAAACACAACGGGGAGGGAUGGGAUUUGAGUUGGACUGUGAUUUUAGCUACCUGCCAGAAGUCUUUCUAACGGAGUGUAUAUUUAUAGCAGAGAUUA